AUCAGUUGUUGUUUUGGAUUUGGCUGUUCAUCAUCAAGAGAUCAAUCUGUGUAAUCGCCUGGCUCAAACGUGUUUUGCUCGUUAAGCUUUUAUUCUAAGAGGUGAAAACGUAUUCUCCCAGACAGGACAACGACGUCAUUAACGUCAUCGUCUGAUUCCUGAUAAAGCACGGGAAUUAGUGUGUUGUAGAUACACUGACUGGUGUGGUUCCACAUCAGACUAGGAUGUCGAACGACCUGGUGGGUGUGUGGGAGGUUGCUCUCAGUGAUGGGGUCCACAGGAUUGAGUUUGAACAUGGCACCACAACGGGAAAAAGGAUCAUCUCCAUUGAUGGAAAGGAAAUUCUGCGAAGGGACUGGAUGUUCAAACUGGUUGGAAAGGAGACGUUUUCUGUGGGAAACUCUGACACGAAGGCCACCAUAAACAUUGAUGCGGUGAGCGGCUUUGCCUACGAGUACACGCUGGAGAUCAAUGGCAAGAGCCUGAAGAAGUACAUGGAGAACCGCUCCAAGGUGACCAGCACCUGGCUCCUCAACCUGGAUGGCAUGGACUACAGGGUUGUCUUGGAGAAAGACACCAUGGACAUCUGGUGUAAUGGACAAAUGAUGGAAACAGCUGGCGAGUUUGUGGAGGACGGUACGGAGACACAUUUCAAUCUGGUAGACCACGACUGCUGCAUCAAGGCGGUGAGCAGCGGCAAGAGAAGAGACGGCAUCAUCCACACGCUGCUGGUGGACGGCACGGAGGUGGCCGAGUGCACAGAGUAGGAGUAGCCCCAAGGCUGCGUCUCAUUUCUCGGGUCUUUACCUUCCUCUUCCCCCUCCCCGAUCCCCACAAAUAGGCCAUAAAUGAGCGAGAUGCAUUUGGCUGCGGAUGACAAAGCUAAGCCUUACAACCUACAAGCAACAUUUGCCUCUUUUCCACUGUAGGUUUUCUGGUAGGCCUACAGCUCGACACAGCGCGUCUUGGUCGCCAUUGUUUGCUCUUCGAUUCAGCUGUGUCGUGCCCAAUAGAAAAGCAAAAAGUGGCAGGCGAGUUUCACUAUGAUGAGCUGUAGGCCCACCAGAAAACCUGCGGUGGAAAAGAGGCAAUUGACUACCAACACAUUUUUAACCAGGCACUCCACCAAAUAACCUGAGACUGGGAAUGUAGUUGUGGCGUAUAGUGCGCAGGCUUCAAUCACCAGCAUUAAACCACAAUUUACAAUGCUCUGAGGUCAACUAGAAAGUGGAUAAACAUUUCUUUUGAGGCAGCGUUGUAUAAAAGAGCCAUCUCUAUUGGUGUGAGAAGAGAGAUUAAGGCAAUAACGACAGCAACAACUUUAAAAGUCACGAUUAGGGAAGUGCACUUCACUGUCAAUGGUUUAUGUUUUGUUUUUAUUACGUUUCGACAAUCAGGCUAAAGGAUAUCUACAGUCAGUCCAAACUCCAGAGUGCCAGUGUUGCAACUUUAUCUCCUGUGGUUAUACUGUACCAUGUGGCAGUGUACUGUACAUAAGAAACAAUCUGUAAUUGUGUUGGUGGACAACAUGGUUUUUUUUUUCAAGAUUUUAAAUGUUUCAAUUCUUUCUCAACGGAUGCUGGCAUUGUGUCUUAUGAAGUACUGGGUGUUUUUUUGUAUUUUGUUUGACAAUAACGGUUUCUUUUCCUAAAUGUGACAUUCCAAUGAACCACAGCGUGCACGCACGCACACACACACACACACACACACUGAAUCAAAGUGCAGCUAUAAAACCAGUCUGUUGUACCCUCACAAAAUACUUGGGUUUAUGGCCACAAUAAGUUGAACCAUAAUAACUUCUUAAAGCCAAUACGAUUGAACCCUGUAGACCAGGCUUAGGGCUUCUCAGAGCAUCAUCAUGACUGUAUAUUUUAGUUACUGGACGAUUUUCCGUUUUUCACCAAGGAAAUCAUGGUCACUUGUUUCUUGGACCAACAGUUGGAAUAGGCUACAUGUCACUGUGCGCCCAGUCACAGGCACCAUGCUUGUGCCUACGGCAUUAAACACAACUUAUAAAGUAACCAGCCAACUUUUCUCAUUUUACUGUGACCUGUUCAAUAUUCAUAAUGUAUUUCUUAACAUUGUAUGUUGUGGCUGGCAAUUGACUACCAGGUGUAGUGCUGUUGGGUAAUGAGGCCAUGUUAAGUUUCUUUUAUAUUUGUAUCCUUAUAUGUUUUAUGAUUUAAUAUCAUGUGAUAUUUGUUACAAAGAUGUGCUAUAAUAUUGUAUGACCGUAAAUGUAUAAUAAAAUCGUUGACUGUU